AUGCCUUCGAGGCUAUCUCCAGAUCUCGAGACCGCUGGUAUGCUUGAGCACACUGGUGAUAAUGAUCCAUAUUUGACUCAGAUUCCUCUCGACACGAUUUCCCCCGGCGCCUCUGCGAGUCCAUCGCAUUCGAGUGAAAGCUCAACCAUCGUGCGCCCCAGCACCUCGAGUUCCUCGAAUACGGCCAAAGGUGAAAAUCUCAUGCGAGAUACUUUGCCACGGUUCGCCGCUAUUGGUUUCCUUCGACAGUGGUUUCCUGAGGUUGACCCAGAGGACCCAAGGACAAAAGGCCUCGGGCGAAAACUCUCCAACCGCGAUGUGGCCCUUAUCAUCCACCAAUCAAUCGCAGGAGUAGUCUUCAUAUUCAAUAUCAUUGUAACUACGCUUGCUAUUCGCGCACGUGGGCCCGCAAGCGGGGCGGGAGGCAUUGUCGACGUUCCUGAGGUUACCAAUUGCGAUCAGGUCCGAUCAUACAAUAUGGGGCUUCACUUGGUCAUCAACUUUCUCUCGACCAUUCUCCUUGGAUCCAGUAACUACUGCGCUCAGCUUUUAGUUGCGCCAACGCGGAAAGACAUCGAGCAAGCACACGCAAAGCGGAGGACGCUUGACAUUGGCAUCCAGAGUUUCCGAAAUCUGCGGGCUGUUGAUACUCCAAGAAGGCUCCUCUGGGUGCUGUUAAUGAUAAGUUCUGGACUUCUUCACUUGAUCUGGAACACGGUUGUAUUUGCAGCCUCCCCCAAAGUCUCGUAUAACGUUGGAGUUGUAACGAGUGAUUAUCUCAAAGAUACUACACCUUGGAACUACCCUAUGGCGGGCUUUGACGCGAUGCGUCAAAAUGUGACUGGGUUGACACCCAUUUCUCGAGCGGAAUGCAUCGAGAGGUACACCAAUAGUGACAACGGACUAAGCGAUGUGCUUUUGGUCGCUCGGAACAUUAGCAAACAUGACCAAUUGUCAUUUGCUAUUGAUAAUUCAUCCUCUUUGCUUUCCAACUUUUCGGCAUUCGACGCUGCUACCAAUGGAGGCGGCUCCAAGGGCAUACGCUGGUCGCAGGCGAAUUCAUGGGUGUGCUCUGCCUGGACGCCUCUUGGCUAUUACGCAUCACCACCAGACAGUGAAAGAACCACCAUCUGCUCUGAUUUAGCUAUGAAGGCAUACGUGGACUCUUGGACUUUUACCAGAUGGGAGGAAACUCCGGCAGCCCCCUCUGGGGUGCAGCUAUGGGUGGGUGUAGACCACUGCAUCCCUGCUAGUGACCUCCAUCCCAUGGACGAUAUUUGUGCGCUUCGGGUGAGCGGCACUUUAUUGGUGAUUGUGUGUGGAUUGAAUCUCAUCAAGGUCAUUUGCAUUUUUUUCACUGCUCGUCUCCAUUCAAGUCAUUUCUCCAAUGAGCACAAGAGGGACGCAAAAGCUAGAACAGCCUAUCUCGUCACUGUGGGCGACGCCAUUGCAAGCUUCCUAGAGCAGGAAGAUGAUUACACCAAAGAACUCUCGCUGGCUGAUCAAAGCGAUUUCCGCAGAGGGAAAUGGCCAGACAAAAUGCAAGAACGCGCAGAAUUUCAACCCAGUGCUAAACUGAGGAUCCGGCGGUGGUUCUCCUGCGUUAGCAUUUUGCAAUGGAUAUCGACUCUUUUGUUAUGCGCUGGGUUUAUGAUAUUUGUAUCUGUUGAACUUGGCCAAAGCCCCAACGCAAGAAAGAGUGGGGGACUCGCAAUAGACCUGUUAUCUCUCUGGUCAUACGGGAUUGGAACUGCUCAUGCAUGGAGUGUAUCCUUGACGGGUGCCUUAUCUCAUAUGAGCCAGGAAGAUGGGUUUUUUUUCGCCACUGUGUAUGUGAACGUCUUUCAAAUCAUCGUGAGCGGUUUGUAUCUCCUAUGCAACAACAUCAUAACUGUCAUGUUGAUGGCAUCUGAGUGGAACUCCUACCGUUCUAAAAGGCGCCCCCUCCGCGUGUCUUGUCCGCGUGGAUAUCAAAGAUCUACCUAUUUCUUGUCUCUACCAUAUCGAUACUCACUGCCUUUGAUGGCCGCAUCCAGUGCACUUCACUGGCUGGUCUCACAGAGUAUCUUUGUCAUCCAGACCAUUGCAUAUCAGACACCAGAAUUUGACCGUGCCCCGGACCUAGACGGAUCUCUUGUGGGGACGUCACCUAUUGCCAUGCUCCUGGCAGUUGUGGUUGGCGGUGCCAUGAUUUUCACAAUGCUUGGCUUUUCGGUUUUCUCGAAGUAUAAACCGUCUCCAAUCAUUGGUAAUGGCAAGUCUCCUUCAUACCCUGCACCACUGGUCGGUACAUGUAGCGCUGCUAUAAGUGCUGCGUGUCAUGCCCACCCAGAAGAUCGAGAUCCGACUUUACUCCCCAUUCGAUGGGGAUACGUCAAAGAUGAUCCGGAACAUCCAAUUGGGCGAUUUCGAUUCAGCACAGCAAGGGACAUUGUGUAUCCCACCUACAUUAGUACCGAAAAACUAUCUUUUUGA